AAAUUAUCCGCUUCGAUUUCAAUAGUCAACAUGGCCGCGUUCAUGGGUUAGACAUGUCAGAGUAUGUCAGAGUGUGUCACCACGAAUGUCGAUGCAUUGGCCACAAAUGAAGUAACUGAAAGAGCAAGCAAUGACCUCUCUAAAGUUAAGUCUUCGUCUGUGUCAGAGGGCCGUGGUGUCAUUACGUCGAUCCUACUGCAGUGUGUCGCCACGGAAUGUUCUCAAACUCCAAGAGAGGGGCGUCAUCCAGUCUGUAUUCCCUACCACCCUUACUCAUGAAGUGGAGAAACAGCUGGGUCAGCCUCUGACGGUGUACUGUGGAUUUGACCCUACAGCAGACAGCUUACACAUCGGGAACCUCCUGGCCAUCAUAGCCAUGCUGCACUGUCAGAGGGCCGGCCACAGCCCCAUCUGUGUGGUUGGGGGAGCAACUGCCAAAAUUGGAGAUCCAUCAGGAAAAACAAAAGAUAGAGAACCUAUGAAGCAGGAAACCAUUGACAGAAACAUUGCCAGCAUCACAGAGAGUCUGGAGCGAAUCUUUGCCAACCAUCAGAAGUACUUCUGGAGAGACCAGGACAAAGAGCUCCCUGGAGUCAGGAUUUUGAACAACAAUGACUGGUAUAGCCAGCAAACAGUGGUUGAUUUCCUGUCUACACUGGGCAGAAAAUUCAGAGUCGGUAGCAUGAUGCAUAGAGAGAGUGUAAGAACACGGUUGGAGUCAGAGGAAGGGCUGAGUCUGACAGAAUUUACCUAUCAGGUGUUCCAGGCUUGUGACUGGCUUCACCUGUACGAAAAGUACAACUGUACUGUACAGGUUGGAGGUAGUGAUCAGCUGGGAAACAUUAUAUCUGGAUAUGAGUUCCUGACCAAAAUCCACAAAAAACUGUUCUUUGGUUUGAUGGUGCCACUGCUGACCACCUCUAGUGGAGAGAAACUUGGGAAAAGUGUUAACAACUCCAUGUGGUUAAAUCCCGACAAGACCACUCCAUUCAAACUCUACCAGUAUUUCAUCAACUUGCCUGAUUCUGAAGUUGAGACAUACCUCAAGUUGUUCACAUUUAUGACAAAGAGAGAGAUUCAGGACUGUCUAGCCAACAUGAGAGAGAGACCUGAACAAAGAAGGUCUCAAAAGAAAAUAGCAGAAGCAAUAGUUAAAUUGGUCCAUGGAGAGGCAGGUCUGGAGCAGGCAGUCAGGUGGACCGAGGUUUUGUUCCAGAACAAGGCAGAGAGCCUGGCCCUGCUCAGUGACCUAGAGGUCAAGGUCCUUUUCAAGAAUGCUCCCUUCAUCACCCUUCCUCUUGUCCCUGGUCUGAAGCUGGGCAGCUUGUGUUGUAAAAUUAAAAUGUUCAAGAAGGAGGGUGAGGCAAUAAACAAAAUCCGGUUUGGACAGGUGAGGGUGAAUUUCCAGAUGGAGACGAACCCAGAGCUGGUUCUGAGAGAUACGGAUCACAUUCUGCCAAGUGAUAUAACCCUCUUUACACUAGGAAAAAAGAAUCAUUUUGUUGUCAAAUGGGUGUCCUAGCAGUGGGCAGCGACAAAGACUGGAUGUUUUAGUUAUAACUGUGAUAUACAAGUACAUGUGUGUAUGAGGAGUGUAUUUGUGUUCAUAUUGUGGAGAAUAAAAGCAAUUAUUCACA